AUGGAAAUUCGACAAACUCUUGACAUUGAUUUUGGCAUAACUCAGGAACUUGGUCUUCUAGAUGGUUCUUCUAGUUCUUAUGAAGGUCCUGCAGUUUCUCCACAGCCCCUUCACCUAAUGAAAAAUCAAAAUAGAAAGGGUAAGACAGUAGAACGUGCUAAUACUGUAUGCACUAUUAAGCAAAUGAUAUCGCAAAAUCAAGCUAAUUGUGAAGAAAUCUUGGUAGGAGAAAAAUGUCCAGCUUUGCCUAGCUAUAGUGAAGAUCAAAAGAAAAAACUUGAAUGCCAGUGCCUGGAAAUUCUUACCAUCAUUGAGCAAUCUUUGCCUACAACGGUAAUAAACUCAACACAUUUAGUACUUGACUCCCUUUCAGAUUCAGUGAAUCGUUCUUAUGUAAUGAAUUUCAACAUGCUUCUGGACCAGAAACUUAAAUCAGAAUACUUUAACCUUAAAAGCUUCCAUAAGGACACAUACAACACUGCAUGGACACAACUUCUUCUAGACAAACACUUAUAUUGUUGGUGGUCUUCUUUGUGUAAUCUUAUCUGUGGAGGAAGUAAUGCCACUGAAGAAGCCAUGGAAUUAUAUUUAAGAAAGUUUGUUAAGCGAAGGUGUGUAUAUCAUUUAAUGAAAGAGGAUUUAUCUCCAUUAUCUGGCCACACUGCUGCAAUAAGAACUAAGCUAACAAGAACAGCAAUAAAGAAUGAAUCACCAAAAGAGGCUGCCCCAACAGAUUUAUGUAGGAGAUGUAACAUGUUAGGACACUGGGCGAAGAAUUGUACUAAUCCACCAGAACCGGAAUGGCUUGCCAAGCAGGAAUGCUACAAAUGUGGAAUAAAGGGCCAUUUAGCUGCACAAUGUUCUAACACAAGGGCCAGGAUACCUCCAAUAAAUGUGCUACUGACACCAAAGGCAUAA